GGGACACCCAGAUCAUAAGCAUAAAAUCUAUCAAAAACAAAAAGAAUAUUGUUGGAAACACACUCAUCGACAAGCCAAUGAUUUGGAUAUCAGGACCUGAAGUAUCGUGGAUGGCCCAAUCGUUGACAGAAUGGCUGCGUGAUCUGCUGCAUUUUGUGACUUGGAAGAAGUAAAUUCCGGCACCAAACUAAAUUCAUAAUUUCAAGUCCCUUGACAUUAACAAGACAACAACCUUCAAGGACGUCAGUGUACAUCCUUGUUAACUUAUACAGUUGACAUAACAGACCUCUUGGACUGUUGAAUGGUCUCAAGAAAAGUAAACCAAAUUUAAGCGCAGCAAGUGGGCACAGCUUCUACCAGAUGAAGGGCCUAAAUCAGUGGUGUAUUUCAUGUUGCUGCUUCAAUGGAGUUUGAGGUUCCAGCAAAAGAGGACAUUGACAGUUAUGUCCACACAAAUGUCAUUGAGCCUGCAAUCAAUGGUACCUUAAACCUUCUCAAAUCGUGCUUGAAAACACCGCCUGUGAAGAGGGUUGUCUUCACAUCAUCCAUCAGUACCAUGACUGCCAAAGACAGCCCUGGAAAAUGGAGAAGCGUUGUCGAUGAAUCUUGUCAGAAUCCCAUUGAUCGUGUCUGGAAAACAAAAACAGGUGCGUGGGUUUAUGUACUGUCAAAGCUUCUGACUGAGGAAGCAGCAUUCAAAUUUGCUAAUGAGAGCAGCAUUGAUCUUGUGUCAGUCAUAACCACAACUGUUGCCGGUGCAUUCCUCACUUCAACAGUUCCAACAAGCGUUCAAAUUUAA